UUCAAGUCGGCGCUUCAGCAAGGCAACACUUUGCUACGCCGCGGGUAUUUUAAAAGAAGUAGAGCGACGUGUUAUAUACCAAACAUUGAACGUAUAUAUUGAAAUCCCCCUUCCAACCCCGGCUCGCUCACUUUCACUUACUCAGACUUCUCGCGAGCUUCACAAGUACAUCAUGGAACCAUCCAGUCAAGUUUAUUCACGCGCCAAAACAAUCGCCGCCAUAACAUCGUACUAUGAGUUUCUCGCCAAUGUCUACCUUUUCCCAGAGUAUAUCAAGUACCCCCCACCCGGAGGCUGGCCUGGGAUUGACCAGGACUCUCUGGGCAACCUUCACAAGACCGACGAAGUCAUCGAGCUGCUUCGACACAUCCCCUAUAUGCAUGGUCGGUUGAUGUACAAUACAGACUGCGUGCGCUACGACACCAAGUGGCAGCAGGACGAUAUCAAACGAGGCAAUCUGUUCCCCGUUACACCAGACUUUCCUCUGCCAGCACAUGUUGUCAGCAUCAUACAGGGGAACAUUGGCGAUUCGUACUACGUCCUAUUGGACACCGAGAAAGGUGUCAUCAUCUGGGGUGUUCAUGGCUGCCACAACCUAUCAGCUGGUCUUGACGCGCCAGUAUUCAGAUACGAGGAUGUCACAGCUGCCGAAGAGGAUCAAUGGAAGCGAGAAACAAUCUCCUCGCGAUGUGCCUUCGACGUCGAAGUAUUUUUCGAUAUGCUCAAGGACAAGUUCCGCUCCUGCGAGUGGCUGCCGUUCCCGCCUUAUGAAGAGGGAUAUCUGGAGUAUGAGACUGACGAUCAUAGAUUUGGAGAUGAGCUGAAGGAAAUUUUCAUAGCGGCGGGUUGGCCGGGUGAUGAGAACGGCCAGGGGUGGGAUAGAGAUCAGGCGAUGGGAGAGAUCGCAGAUAGACAUGGAGGUGACUGGGAGAGGUUUUCUGAAGAUGAGAGGGACUGGGCGGAUAGUGAUGACGACGACGAUACCGAUGACCACGAGGAGAAGGAAGAGAAGGAAGAGAAGGAAGAAAAGGAGGAGAAGGAGGAGAAGGAGGAGAAGGAGGAGAAGGAGGAUGACAGAACGGCCUGAAGGGUUGAAAGUUCUUCUAUCUUCACGAUGUAUAAUUUCUGUUCAUUAUGCAUCGAAUAAAACCAUGAGGCCUGUCAUGAACGAAGUGAUAAGAACAAAAGGACACUGAAGAGUCAGGCAACAGACAAUGACAAAUAAUAUGCUCACAACAUAAAAAGCACAGUUUAAUGAGACCAAGUCUAGCAGGAAUCAUCAUAGACUCUAGCUAUGCAGCUAUAUAAACGGAGCGAUCGAAAAUAUAAG